AUGAAAACUCUAGCACAAUCAUCUUCUUUUUCAUUACUGCCAGAAACUUCCAAAAAUCAUUUUUCGUUUAGUAAUUCUGCAAAAUUAAAUAUUUUAGAACAUCGAUUUAACAAACAUGAUCUCGAGUGCUCGGAAGUUAUUGGGCAAUUGGAUGAUAAAUUUAUUGUUUGUAAAUUGCCAUAUCAACAUGCUGCUGAUGAACGUGUUAGAGUCGAAAUGUUUAUGAAAGAAUUUUGUGAAUUUAAGCAAAUCAACAAUAUUGGCGGUGGCAAUGAUGACGACGAUGACGAAUUAAAAAUUUCUAUGGUUGGAACAGUUAAAUUUACCAGUUCGCCGAUUAAAAUUUUUUUAACUAAUCGAGAAGCAAAAGUUGCAUGGAGAUUUCAAAAAUAUUUUAAUAUCUGGGGAAUUUUUUUUACUGAUAAGCCAACAUUAUCAAAAGAAAAUGAUGAUGAAUUAAAAAAGGCAACAUGCGAAAAUCAAAAUAGUAGAAAAUCAAAUCAAACAUCAUUUUUAUCUACAACGCACCUCCACUCGUUCAUCAAUCCUGAUAAUGAUUGUUGUCCAAUUUUUAUCACUCACCUACCAAAAAUAAUUUUUGAUCGAUGCACUACUAGUAAUUUUACAUCUAAUAAUUCUACAUCUACUAUAAACGACGGUAAUGGUAAUGAUGGUGUUAGUGAUUCACGUCUAAUUCAAGAACUUGUGCGUCAACACUUAUACUGGUUAGAAGAGAUAGGUGGUAUAGGAUUGGGAGGAUUCGUCAACAAUUAUAAUGAUGAUAAUUGUCAACUUCAUUAUGAGCAGAAACGACAACUAAAAUGGCAAUUUAUGAUUAGAACAUGUCCAAGAGGUAUUUUAGAUAUAAUAAAUUCAAAAGCUUGUAGAGGUGCUAUAAUGUUUAAUGACAAGUUAUCAUUGGAUCAGUGUAAAGAGUUGAUAGCUAAACUUUCUAAAUGUGAAUUUCCAUUUCAAUGUGCACAUGGAAGACCUUCUAUGAUCCCAAUAUUAAAUUUAGAAGGCAUUCAACAACAAUUUCACGAACAGCAACAACUACUACUGAAUAGACAAAAACAAUCAGUUUCAUCGUAUAAACAAAAUUUAUUUACAAAUGAAAUUUAUAAUCACCAUCAUUUGAAUGUUGAGUCUUCUUCUUUCGCUAUAAAUAAAGUUGUUGAAAAUGGAAAAUUUGGUAGUUGGAAAAAAAGAAAAAUUAAUCUAGAUAGAUACCAUACGUUAUUUAACUAA